ACCCCCGCGGCCAUGGCGCUGGAGGUACUCAAGCUGGUGCGCAACUACUGGGCGGCGACACUGGUGCCGAUGGGCUUCGUGAUUGGCUGGUGGCUGGACCGGCGCAACGACAGAUCCCUCACCACCUGCCGCAACCGCAGCGCGCUGUACAAGAGGGAGCUGAAACCAGGUGAAGAAUUUACUUGGAAAUGAAAGACUUCAAUGAAGCGGGAAGUGCUUUGAUGCAGUUAAAUCUGUGUAUAACAAGUAGAUGAAGUAGUUAUUGUGUCUUCCCUGGAACAGAAACCAUGUCUUUAUUCUUCUCGUACUCUGUUUCUAAGGUAACUAAAAGGACUGUAUCAUGACUUACAUCUGCCAACAUAAUUUUCUGUUUGGUUUUCUUCUUGAGCAACAGUUUUAUCAUAUAAUGAGGAUUAUAUCCUAUUCAGAAAUACUUUUUUCCCCAUGAUGAAUAUUGGUUGGGGGAGAAUUCGACAGACACCUGUGCAAAGAGCGCUUCAACCUAUGGUCAUUGAUCAUUUUGUGAAGUUUCCUAUGUAUAAAGAAUCAACCUUAAAAAGAAACUUGUUAGGCUUACUUAUUCUGUGAAUUGGUAACACUUCUUCCAAAAAAAUCCAGUUGGGGUUAUUUCUCUUUCAGGUUUAAACUUUUUCCUUUAGUAUUUGCAACUUCAGCUUUGUAGUUAGUGCAUGGGAACCAGAAAGUAAAACUAAUUGGGGACUUAUUAAAAACAACGAUGAAACUG